CAGAGCUGCACUGAAUGACCUGUUCAGCAGACAGUUGUGCUUUAUAUGCAAUUCAUAGAGCGGCUAAUCAAAUUUAGCCACGUGUGCAACAGUUUCUAUCUUAACUAAUUUUACUUUUGUGGAAAAAAAAGAAUUAAACAAGGCAGUUGCUCUAAGAAUGGAUUCAGACGCCGGUUCCACCUCAAGCCGGGCAUCUUCACCAGAACUUGUGGAAGGAGCUACAAGAUUCUUUUCCAAAAAGAUGUUUGAAACUUACAAGCAGAAACAGACACUUCAAAGUGGGGACCGGCAAGGAAAAACUGAAAAAGCCAAGUCCAAGCGAGAACUCACCGAAGAUGAUUUACAUGACCUUCGACUGAAAGUGAACAGCAGGGAAAGGAAGCGCAUGCAUGACUUGAACCAGGCGAUGGAUGGACUCCGGGAGGUCAUGCCCUAUGCACAGGGUCCCUCAGUGAGGAAGCUUUCCAAAAUCUCUACCCUGCUUUUGGCUCGAAACUAUAUCUUAAUGCUGUCAAACUCUUUGGAAGAGAUGAAGAAGCUGGUAAGUGAUGUAUAUGGGGCUGGGCACCCAAAUCAUCUUUCUAGAUGUGCUUCAAUUGGACCAGCACCACCUCAAGUUGCCAUGCACCAUUUGACUCCAUCUCUCCACUCUUUAAUGGGCACUGCUACAUCACCUACUUCAAAUUCUCCCCAGUCACCACCAUCUUCCGGGUUUGUGAGUUUCCGGCCACCUAUCCAAGGACUGCUAAAAGACGUGAAUCCCUCUCUUCACAUAAAUGGCUCUUAUAGACACUUUCCAGGGAUGCCCUGUCCAUGUGCACUGUGCCAACCAUUAUCAACAUCGGGCACCAGCAUAUCUUGCUUAUCUGUUAACAAAUAGAGACAAACCUCACAAACACUAUAUGGACAAAAGACUAAAAAAUGUGACACUUACCGGAAGGCUGUGUGGGGCUGUGUUGUGACAUUUGUAAUGACAACAGCAGUAAAUGUACAAAAUCUUCUGUUAGCCUAACCCUGCAAUUGUGGCUGCUUUGUGUAUAUUUUAAGAGAAUGAAUUUUAAGAGAAGUAGAAUUUUACAGAUUUUUUUCCUCAGGAUUGAAUCAUUUUGUACAAGCUGGUUUUAUAAUUUGUCACUUUUUAGUUCUGAACAAAAUGACUCAUCAGUCAUAUAACGGUGACUAAAAGACUGUGACCCGAGUGGUCCAGUUGGUACAUUUAUUGUGUCCUUUCUUUCUGCCAGUUAAUUACAGGCGAUUACAUUACACAUUAUUUCUUUAUGUAUUUAUUGCCUUUGUGUUAUACACACAUUAAAUGGUUGUUCUAUGGAAUAAUGAGUACUAAAUGAUGGGCUCUCCCUUUUUUAUCUGUGCAUCUAUAUUAUAUAACAUUAACUUUACUUAUUAU